AAUUCAUUCACGCUUGAGAGAGAGAGAGAGAGAGAGAGAGAUGGGAAGCAAUCGGACGGUUGGGAUUGCGAUGGACUACUCACCGAGCAGCAAAUCGGCGCUCAAGUGGACCGUCGACAAUCUGGUGGACGGUGGAGAUCGCAUCAUCCUAAUCCACGUGCAGUCUGGCAAAUCGGACCAUGCACAAAAGAAGUUAUGGGAAGAGACAGGAUCACCUUUAAUUCCUCUGGAAGAGUUUAAAGAAAUGAAUUUAUCAAGGCAAUAUGGGCUGACACCUGAUGCUGAGGUUCUAGAUGUUCUAGAUACAGUUUCCAGGACAAAAGGGGUGAAGGUGGUGUCCAAGAUAUAUUGGGGUGAUCCAAGGGAUAAGAUUUGUGAUGCUGUUGAAGACCUUAAGGUAGACUCGCUUGUGCUUGGGAGCAGAGGUUUGGGCGUGAUCAAAAGGGUUUUGCUGGGGAGUGUUAGCAACUAUGUUGUGACAAAUGCGACGUGUCCUGUAACAGUUGUAAAGGGGGCGGUCAUGUCCAAACCCUAACUUAAUUAUCUUGUACUACUUCUCUGGUAUUGAGAGGGAAGUAAUCUUGACGGUUUAUCAAACCUGGUGUUGCGUAUGUAUGAACUUCUUCUGGUGUCC